AUGGAGUGGGAGGAAGGAAUGGUGAGCCAGACCGUCAAUAUCACAGCUGGGGAGAACAAGAAGAUAUCUGAAAAGGAUAAAGAGAUAGAAGAUGUUGUUGAUCACAGCUCCUCUAUUGCUAUAUGUUCAUCACAAAAGGACCAAGAAGUGAGCUCAGGCAUCCAUAAGCUUUACGCAAUCAAGGACUGUUCCUCUGGAUCAAAUCCGAUCGACAAAGCUCACCGAAAGCGUAUCAUCGCUGCAUUUGAUCUAUCGUCGUCUUUGGAUCACCAAAAUAUUGUUCGAACCUUCGACCUACAUGAACUCAGCAACGGCAAUCUUUGCGAGUCUUUCGAACGCUGCUCUGGUGGCGAUCUAUAUUCAUUAAUCAUCGCAUCGCGUCAACUUGCACAGACCGAGGCCAACUGUUUUUUUAAACAGCUCAUGCACGGUAUCCAUUAUAUUCAUAAAAUGGGCGUUGCUCAUUGUGACUUGAAGCCAGAGAACAUUCUUCUCAGCUCCAGUGGAUGUCUCAAGAUUUCUAACCUUGGAACCGUUGAAUGUUUCCACCUUGGUAAGGAAAAAACGACCUUGCCGAAGAAGGAUUGUUGCCCAAACCCUUACAUUCCACCGGAACGUUAUCUCGGCAGCGAAUUUGAUCCCAAAGCUGUGGACAUCUGGGCUGCCGCCAUAAUCUACAUCGCGAUGAGAACGGGUAGGAUCCCAUGGAAGAUGGCGAAUGACAAGGACGAAUGUUUCAGAGAUUAUAUUAUAGACCGCAUGAUUGGAAGAGUAUACUUCUUCAUCGAGGACAUAUGCAAUGUCGCUAGCCGACGACUAGAGAGGUAUAUUCACCGGUCUGAUAAGUGUCUGGCUGCGAUGACUGAAGUUGCUUUGAACGAUCGUUGCGGAGGAAUCUCUAUUUACUCAUACCCUGGGUAUACAUAUGUCCCGGUGUCCCCCGAUCCCACAGAUUUGCCCCAGGCAGAUGAGAAUGGUGAUCCAAUCAUCAGCACAGUUGAGCCCGCGACUACAGAGCCUCCCUCUACAGCAAGCCCUGCCUCAUCAUCUACACAGACACCUUUUCCUACCACCGAAACACUGCCCGCCACCACAGAGGCUUUUACAACCACCGAGGUCCCCUCAGAAACUACAACGGAGUCUCCAACCUCGACGACAGAUGCACCGGUCGAUAUUGUGACCGGUUGCAAUCACACAACGAGAAACGUACCCGAAGACCCAGAGACCUGCAGCGAGUUCGUUGAACGCUUCGAUGUGACAGUAUCCAAGCUGAUGGAGUUUAAUCCCAUUCUGAAGUCAAGCAAUGGUAGCUGUGACUUCACGGCGGCAUAG